UUCCCGAGUGUAUCGUAUCUGUGGUGGUGGAGAUCGACAGACACUUGCUUGACACUUCUGUUACAAUUUUAUCAAAAUGACUUCAAGAAAGAAGAAUUUUAGUUUAAUUGAAAGAAAUUUACUUAUAGAAAUAUUAAAAAAAUUUAAAGAUGUAGUGGAGAGCAAAAAAACUGAUAAUAUAAGCACAGCAAAGAAGAAGGCUGCUUAGGCGCGUAUUGCGGAGAUGUUUAAUGCGUCGACUAUUAUAAAUGAGUCGGCAUCAGGGGAACAAUUAAGGCGCCUUUGGCAAAAUUUGAAGACCCGUCAAAGAGAUGCCCUCACAAGAGAGCGCCAACAUAGAAUGGCCACUGGCGGCGGUAGUUCCUGCCCUGAUGCUGACAUCAACCCUGACAUAGCCGAGAUAUCUCCUGCUCUCUUCCUAGAAAUACAAGAUACUUUAGACUCGGACCAUAUCGACUUGCAAACUGUUCAGCAUGUGGACAGUUUAAUAGAAAGUACCUUAUCCCAUGCUGUUGAUUCUCCAACAGGGGAAUCACAAAAUCUGGAAAAUCUGACCACACAACCAAACACCAUCCCACAUAGCAGCAUUCAAUCUGUAGAAUCAGAACUAUCCACAAACGAAAAAAAACUUCGUGUGCAAAUUUUAAAAGCAGAACAUUUAAACAGGGAAAAGAGAGCAGCCGAACUUCACGAGUUACAAGUUAAAUUCAUCCAGGAAAAACAUAAAUUAGAAAUAGACAUUUUAAAACAGCAAUUAAGGGAAGCAGAAGCUAAAGCCGAGUUAGCAAAACAAAAUCAUCGCUAAUAAUAAAUAAUAUGUAUUUCUAUGGAAGAGAGAUGUCUGCAGACGAGCCUAGAGCAACUUUUAUUUCUUGUGUUUAUUUUAUUGUUGAUUAUAAUUGUUAUUAUCUCAGUAGUUUUAUAGAGCAACUUUUAUUUUUUGUGUUUAUUUUAUUGUUGAUUAUAAUUGUUAUUAUCUCAGUAGUUUUAUAGAGCAACUUUUAUUUUUUGUGUUUAUUUUAUUGUUGAUUAUAAUUGUUAUUAUCUCAGUAGUUUUAUAGAGCAACUUUUAUUUUUUGUGUUUAUUUUAUUGUUGAUUAUAAUUGUUAUUAUCUCAGUAGUUUUAUAGAACAACUUUUAUUUUUUGUGUUUAUUUUAUUGUUGAUUAUAAUUGUUAUUAUCUCAGUAGUUUUAUAGAGCAACUUUUAUUUCUUGUGUUUAUUUUAUUGUUGAUUAUAAUUGUUAUUAUCUCACUAGUUUUAUAGUAAAGUGUAAUUUUGUUAUUAGUGCCUCUUUAUUGUUAGUUGUAAGUUUUGUUAUUUUAGAUAAUUGUUGCUUAGCAUAUAAGAUGUUUUGUGAAAUAAGAUAAAUAAUUAAUAAAAAAAGAUGAUUAUUUUUA